GUUCCAACAAGAAAGAGAAAGGAUCAAGUUAGUUUAGUAAAGGAGACCACAGUAUCAACAGAAUCAAGCUCCAGGUUUUUCAACAUCGAUCUGCGAAGAGUUAACCAGUGAAAAAAGUUUCAAGCACAAUGGCUAUAGGUGCAACAUCAGAAGAGGAUAAAGAUCAAAUCGAGAGACAAGACUUUGAGCCAGUGGACGAAGGCUCCAGUCCCGAGGAAGAUGAAGAACAGGUCUAUGACGGUAGUGACCAGUUAGGUGAAGAAGGGAGCGAGCUUGAGCUGAGUGAAGGUGCUGCCGCCUCUUUUAUUGGUGGUUCUUCAGUUGUGUCAAGAACAAGAGAAGAUGAAGAUGAGUACGACAAUGAUGAAGGUGUGCAAAGAGAGGAACUAUUACACGACCAAGUGACAACUGAUGAUUUAGAAUCCAACAAAUUCAAGAAUGAGCAUAAAAUUUUCACCUUCUCAUUGCCGUUUGGUGGUAACGCACUAGCAUUGUUGCCUUCCUUCAAACACUUUAGACACACCUUGCCAAUAAUCGGAAACAAUUCAGAUGAUGAAGAUGAACUAACUUCUAAUCUGUCAAGGGAAGAUAUCAAAUAUAAACUAAAGAAACAACAAUCAAUUAGUACUUUAGAAGAGAGUUAUCUAUUCAAAAACAAAAAAGGUGCAGAUAACUCUAGACUUAGAGCUGUUAAAAGAGCUUUAACUCCAAACAUUGCAAUCGAUGCUAUACAAUUCCUAUCAAAUGAUGAUAAAAAACCUGAUGAGUCUGUGUGGGAUGAAUUGGAUGGUGAUGUUGUUAUUUUGGGUGGUUAUAGAGGAAGUAUCCUAAGAGAUGCUCGUACUCAUAAAAGGGUAUGGAUUCCCCUAAGAGCGGGUUUCAACAUCCGUAAAAUUAAUUUGAAUAUAGGUCCAACAGAUGAAGAUGAACUAGAUACACAAAAGAAGAUUAUCCCAGAUGGAAUGUUGACCCAUGUUGGUCCUAUUGAUAUUGCAAGAAAAUUGAAAGCCAAACUAAGUAAUGGUAAAACAAGAGUUCAUGAGUUUGGUUAUGAUUGGAGAUUAUCAUCAGAUAUAAAUUCUGAUAGAUUGUAUGAAUUUCUGUCUGGUUUGGAAUCUAAUAGAGGAGUAAAUAGAAAAGGUGCUAUAGUGAUUGCUCAUUCUAUGGGUGGAUUAAUCACACAUCAUGUUAUGCAGAGAGACCCAACUUUGUUUAGAGGUGUUAUAUAUGCUGGUGUACCUUCAGAAUGUCCAAACAUCUUAGGUCCAAUUAGAUAUGGUGAUUCUGUUCUUUUCAGCACAAAGAUCUUGACGGCUGAAGCAAAUUUCUUUAUGAGAUCUAGUUUUUCAUUUCUCCCUAUUGAUGGUCGUUGUUUUAUUGAUAAAAAGACUCAUAAAAAAUACAAUUUGGAUUAUUUUGAUCCAAAAGUUUGGACUGAAUUUAACCUAUCACCACUAGUCUCAAAAGAAAGAAAGAAGACUCAUGGAAGACGGAAAAGUCUGGAAAAUGAAUCUCAGCAAAAACCAACUCAUAUUUUAAACAUUGAUAUGAAAAGAUCAGCUUCGGUGAUAACACAUAGCAAACAAUCUGAAGAGUUCCAUGCAACUUAUGAAGAAUCAAUGGAUUACCUUUCCAGAACAUUGAAAAGAACCAAAAAAUUCUUGAAGGAACUAGAAUAUGAUCCAUCAAAGAAAUAUCCACCUUUAGCUAUAGUUUAUGGUAACGAAGUUCCAACUGUAAGAGGUGCUAGAGUUAGUGGAUUACAAGGAAUCAAAGACGGUGAAUAUGAUGACUUUUAUUAUGGUCCAGGUGAUGGUGUUGUCCAUCAUAAAUGGUUAAUGCCUGAAAGACGUGGUUUCCCAGUUGAAGCGAAAAUUGCAAGUGAAGAAGGUCAUAUAUCCUUGUUAACAGAUUUACCAGCCAUGGCUGAAGCUUUGAAUGCUAUAUUAGGUGCACAACCAACAUCAGCAACUGAAGAAACAUUUAUGACUUGAAAAAUGAAAUGAUUAUGCAUCUUUACAGUAAUGACUUUUUUUAUAUAUAGAACACAUGGUGUUGUUUAUGACUGCCUCAAUAGAAAU